AUGCUGGGCUUGGUGGGCCGAGGGUACAGCGUGACCCUGCUGCUUUGGGGUCGGAAAACAGAGGCACCCCAGCUUGUGCCUCAGCUGCUGCAGAUGCUGUUUGAGGAAGCUCUGCCUCUCAGGGGCUCUGACUCUGCGCCUAGUACUCUUAGCCUGGGGCAGGUGGGACCUGGAUGGGGAGGAGACCAGGAAGCCAAGGCCACGGUGAUGCUGCAGAGAAGCCUGAGACUGGCGGGCAGACAGAGGAGCUUGGAUCUAGCCCCUCUGCUGCUCACCAGUCUCAGUCCCCGCAGGAGGACUUGGGACCUGCGCUCUCCAGGGGCCGAGAACCUGUCAGUGCCGGAUGCGGCUCCUCUGGGUUCGGUGGUGGGAGAUGCCAGUGAAGUGGAGGUGUCUGGCUCAAGUGCUGUCUCAGAGCUGUACGUGCAGGCUGCAGGGGGUGAAGGCAGAGAUUGCCCCCUGCUACAGGUAUUGGCUGGUGAGGUUGUUGGUGAUCAGGCAGAGGGCUCUCUGCCCUGGACUGUCUCAUGGCUCCUGGAAGGAAACAACUACAGUGGCCUUCUUUGCCUGGACCCUCAAGGAAGCUCCCCGAGCUUGCUGCAGGCUGCUCUGUGGGGGACUGCGGGAAGGAGGAUGCUGGGGAAACAGGCAAGGCCCUCCCUGUGGGAUUCAGUGGAAGAGCCCCGGGCCUGCUGGGCUGGCCUGAAGAGCCUGCAUUCACGCCUCCUCGGGGACACCCUGACGAGUGGGCUCAGGAAGCUGGGCAGGGCGCUGCAAGAAUUGCCGGAUCCUUACGGCCUCCACAGCACCCACUGGCAGGGUCAAUCUCUCUCUUCUCCCACUGUGGCCUCUGAGUCUGUCUGGGCUGUAGGUUCUUCUGGGCCAGUUAGGUCCUGGCAGACACCAGAUGUGGCCCUGCAAUUCUUCCUGGCCCAGGCCCAGAGACAGAGACUGCAAGAACAGCACCAAAUCUGGAUCCAAGAGGAACUGAAGCGUUUGGAACAGGAGGUGGUGGUGGCAGGUGACCAAGUCAAAGGACUGGUGGCUGGAGAAAAGGUGAGGAGGAGGCAGAGAUGGCACCUGGAGCAGACAGUGCUGAGACUCCAGCUGGGGACCCUCCAGGCAGAGCGGAACACUGCAGAGCAGGACUUGGUGGCCCUCUCUGACCUGCACACGCAGGCUACCUGAGCUCAGACAUGCUGCAGGCAUCUCUGAAUCUGGCCACAGGUCUUCCGCGCCUGGCGGGAGCUACUGGAGGAGCAGGCUGGGACCACGGAGCAUCGCUACCGCAGCCUGCUGGCUGGCGUCCUGCAAGACACCAUCAACCUGGCCACACAGAAUCAGCAGCUUCAGCAGGACACAGACUAGGCUGGCUCCCUCCCUUGGGGAGAUAUCUGAUGACCAGGAAUCCUGCAGAAGCAGUUUCCUCCCUUAAGGGUCCUAAGAGGAGAGGAAGUUGGGUCACGAUAACCAAACUAACCUUCAUUAUGGAUAAUUACCACUAACAUGGUCUCAUUGUGCCAGUCCCCGUUGAGUGCCUAAUAUCCAUUAUUUCAUUUAGGCUUUUCUACUACCCUAUUAGUAGUAGCUACUAUUUGACUCCCAUUUCAGAGACACAGCACCUAAAGCUAGGAGAGGUUAAGUAACUGCCUAAGGACAGUCAGCUAAGAGGCGUAACUAGAAUUCAUUCAUGCCUUAUUGGCUAUGGUUCUACACUGAAGACAGUAGCGGUUUACAAGCUAUACUAUG